CUCCUCAGACUCUGGAGGUGGAAGUUGUGAUGCCCCGAACCCUCCUCCUGCUGCUGUGUGGGGUGCUGGCCGUGACCGAGACCUGGGCGGGCUCCCACUACCUGAGGUAUUUCUACACCGGCGUGUCCCGGCCCGGCCGCGGGGAGCCCCGCUUCAUCGCCGUCGGCUACGUGGACGACACGCAGUUCGUGCGGUUCGACAGCGACUCUGCCAGUCUGAGGGCUGAGCCGCGGGCGCCGUGGGUGAAGCAGGAGGGGCCGGAGUAUUGGGACCGGCAGACGCGGAACUUCAAGGACACCGCACAGACUUACCGAGUGAACCUGAACACCCUGCGGGGCUACUACAACCAGAGCGAGGCCGGGUCUCACACUAUCCAGAACAUGUACGGCUGUGACGUGGGGCCCGACGGGCGCCUCCUCCGCGGGUACGAUCAAUACUCCUACGACGGCGCGGACUACAUCGCCCUGAACGAGGACCUGCGCUCCUGGACCGCCGCGGACAUGGCGGCGCAGAUCUCCCGGCGCAAGUUGGAGGCGGCCGGUGCGGCAGAGCAGUGGAGGAACUACCUGGAGGGCACGUGCGUGGAGUGGCUCGGCCGGUACCUGGAGAACGGGAAGGAGAAGCUGCUGCGCGCAGAACGCCCCAAUACACAAGUGACCCACCACCCCAUCUCUGACCGUGAUGUCACCCUGAGGUGCUGGGCCUUGGACUUCUACCCUGCAGAGAUCACCCUGACCUGGCAGCGAGAUGGAGAGCACCUGACCCAGGACACAGAGCUUGUAGAGACCAGGCCUGCAGGAGAUGGAACCUUCCAGAAGUGGGUGGCUGUGGUGGUGCCUUCUGGACAGGAGCAGAGAUACACAUGCCACGUGCAGCAUGAGGGACUUCCCAAGCCUGUCACCUUGAGAUGGCAGCCACCUACCAACCUCAUCACGUGGAUCAUUGCUGGUCUGGGUCUCCUGGCUCUCCUGGCGGUCAUUGCAGUGCUUGGAUUUGUGAUCUGGAGGAAGUGCUCAGGAGAGAAAAAACCAGGCUACUCUCAUGCUGCACGUGAUGACAGUGCCCAGGGCUCUGAUGUGUCUCUCACAGCUGCUAAAGUGUGAGACCAGUUGCCUUGAGGGGACUAAGAGAUGGAAGAUUUCUUCACACCCCCACUUGGUGACAUCAGCAAUCUCUUUGUGCAGAAGAUGUCAGAAUGUGUCUGUGUUCCUUUGAGCAUAUGUGAGGACAUGAGGAGAUUUGCCCACCCUGCCCACCAGACCCCUCCCUAUUCUGAUUUUAUUCUCCUUUCUGAUGUGCUUUCCUGUUCCAGCAGAGGCAGGGCUGAACCAUCUCCAUCCCUGUCUUUAUUUCAUGUUGGGCUGAGUACAAAUGACUUACUUCUGUAUUGAAAAUGAGAAUCCAGACAUGAGUUGUGUUUCCUAAUUCUUUCAUAUGGGGUUGAUUAGGUAACAAAAGAGGAAAUUUGUAAAAUUGAGAAAUCAAAUAAAUGGAACCGCUGAGACCAUG